AUGGCGACCGCAUGGUUUGGGCCCUCACGAGACUGGAUCUCGAAGCACCGGACCGAGCAUCCUUCAGCCAAGACGAUCCUGUUGACAGGAGCGACCGGCGGUAUCGGCCUGGCUGUCGCUAGACGUCUGCUUUCUUCCAGUGAUGAGCACCUGUUGAUCGUGACGGGGCGCAAUAUCGAUGUUCUCCGACAACUCGAGCGAGAGCAUCCUGAUCGAGUGCGGGCGGUCCAGUGCGACAUGGCGGAUUUGGGCCAAAUUGCGGGACUGAUGGCAGGCAACAAAGGUGAGGAGUGGGAGGGAGUAUUCAAGGUGAACGUUACGAGUUGCGUGGUUACGAUCAGUGAAGCACUCCCCUGGCUCCGACAGGCAAAAGGCCGCAUCAUCUUCACCUCAUCUGGAGCCGCGCAGAACGCGUAUCCGUCUUGGGGAGCGUAUGGCGCUUCCAAAGCAGCAAUCAACCACCUCACAAUGACCUUGAAGAAUGAAGAGCCGGAUGUGACGACCGUGGCGAUCCGACCCGGCGUGGUGGAUACUGCCAUGCAGAAAGAUAUCCGGGAGAGCUUCUUAUCCAAUAUGGACGAGAAGGACCAGCAGAAGUUUCGGAGUGCCAAAGAGGACGGAAAACUACUGCCGCCAGAGAAGCCAGGGAACAUCAUCGCCGAGCUGGCUGUUAGCGCCGAGAAAGAGUUGUCAGGAUCGUUCCUAAGUUGGGACGACCCAAAGCUGAAAGACUACGUCAAAUGA